AACCUUCGCUUGGGCAAUCAAAUCCGGCAGUUUGGCCCAAUUAUACUCAUCUUUCCUUGUCUUCUAACUCUGUCGCACAAGCGCUGUAACUUCCGAUCUAAAAAGGCAAAAAUGGAGAACGAACAAUACAAAAGGACAGAUUAUUCAUCAGCAGAAGCAGUGUUACUUGGAGCUCUUGCUCCUGGUGUGAACGGUCCCACAUGGACUACCCUAAAAUCAGCGUUUUUGAUGCUGGGUUUAUGUCUGAUUGUCAUGUUGGGCUUAGCAUUCGCUUCAAGUGACUCCUCAUUGUUAUUUCAUGUUGGGUUUCUUGUUUUAAUUGCUGCCUCCCUCUUCUUCCUUCUUAACUGGUUUCUUGGGCAAACUGGUCUAGUUUCAGUUGAACAUCAAAUGCAGGAGAUGGACUUGGUGCCAAAUAAUAAUCAGAGAAACAAAAAGAGUGAAUAGUUUUGUUUUUAAUAUUACUUAAACAUUAAAAGUGAAGACAUUAUAAACAUAGGAGAUACUCGUAAGAGAUCACUUGUGACAAUUUAAAUGCAAGAUAGAGACACAUAUGUGAUGCACUCAUCUGGAAAGAAACAAGAAGAUAAGAUUCUAGUUCAUCCAUACUUUCGAUGAGAAUCACGGUGGUUUGCAGCAAAUGCCGCCAUUAGCCUGUCGUUUGGUUCUUCUUUUCGUCCUUCUUUUCUUCUAUUUUUUCUUUGGGUUUGCAGUUUUUGCCCUUGAAGAAGCAGAAACAUGAGCACCAAGGCACUUGAACAAGAAACUUCAUAUCUUUGUGUGGCUUUUGAUCUCAAUUGUUUGGAAAACUAACAUAUAUAUAGAGCUUCAGCCUUGGUUUUCUCA